ACCCUGGCUCUGUUCCUCACGGCCUGGAGGACUCUGGUUAUUAUUGUUGCGACUUAAACCCAAACCCCUCUAAUUGCUUAUAAAAGCGGGCUGACUUCUUCUGUAACAAUGAACAUCAUCCUGUCCAGGGAUAGUCAGGUGAAGGUCAUGGAGAACACGGUGAACAACGCGGAGAAGUACUUUGGCCAGUUCUGCACCCUUCUGGCCGCCUACACCCGGAAGACGGCCAGACUGCGGGAUAAAUCUGACCUGCUGGUUAAGCAGCUUAUCGACUUUGCCAACACGGAGAAUGCUGAACUGCGCACGGCCAUGAAGAACUUUGCAGAGGAAUUAGCAAAAGUUCAAGAUUACCGUCAGGCUGAGGUUGAAAGACUGGAAACCAAGGUUGUCAACCCCUUGAAGCUCUACGGGACCCAAAUUAAGCAAACCCGGGCAGAGAUCAAGAGGUUCAACAAUGUCCGGAACAAUGAGAUCAAGCAGCUAGAGAAACUGGAGCGGCUCCGGCAGAAGUCCCCCUCUGACCGCCAGACGAUCUCCCAGGCUGAGACCAAUGUUCAGAAAGCUUCUGUGGAUGCAAACCGGACCACCCACCAGUUGGAAGAGACCAUCGACACUUUCCAGAAGCAAAAAUUGAAAGACAUUCAGAAAAUUUUCUCCGACUUUGUAACCAUCGAGAUGGUCUUUCACGCCAAAGCCGUGGAGGUCUAUUCCAAUGCCUUCCAGAUUCUGGAAAACUUUGAUUUGGAAAGAGAUAUAGAGGAUUUUCGAGCCAAGAUCCGUCUUGAUUAUGGAAACUAUGAUGCAAGACCAGCUGGGACUAACAGCCACCCCUCGCCUCUUCCGUGGUCCACGAGUCCUCAGAGCACACUGCGGAGUCCCAGGCGGCAGCAGCAGCAGGAGGAGGAGGAGGAGGAAGAGGAAGAGAGUGAAAGUGAAUCUGCACAGGAGGAGCCAGUGCAGGACCUCAGGGAGGAAAGGAAGUCACAGGUUAGAAGAUAACCACAGUUGACAAGUCACAAAAGCAGGAUUUGGGAAUGUUAGCUGAAUCUUCCUUGAAGAUGGGUUUGCCCUUACUGUGCUUUAGGUUGGUUAGAUCAAUCACUGGUAUUUAUUGAGCGCUUACUACGUGCAGAGCAUUGUACUAAGAGCUUGAG